GUGAGACACGAAAGUAAAACGACCGGGCAAGUCGCGGACUCGGAGAUGAACUAUCCCGCGUCUUGGAUGAAUGAGAAGCGCCUCGCAGACGCGUUGGAGCGGAGCGCGCACUUUCCCCCGUCCUCACAAUCCUCAACAUCUGUCGUGGUUGCAGAUACCGGCUUUAGCGGGGGUAAAAGCACUCUUACCAAGCGCAAAAUUAAAGGGAUUAUUUACCGCCAAGGAAAUAUAGGGAAGAAGGUGAUGAUGGGGAAAAUAAGGAGCAUCGGCGGGAUGAGGUGCUGGAUUUUUGCCCUUGUGUUCCUUUGGAAUACCCACAUGUUGCGCGCUCAAGAUAUCGCCCCAUAUUUUAAAACCGAGGUAGGGGGUGCACAGAUACACCUGGAGGGAAACAGACUUGUGCUCACCUGUCUGGCAGAAGGAAGCUGGCCACUGGAGUUCAAAUGGAUCAGAAACAACACAGAAAUCACUAAAUACACACCUGAGUACAGGUACACAAUUGUGUCAUUAAACCGCAAGGAUACGGGAGUGUAUCAGUGUGCGGUGAGGAACAGGAUGGGGGCGCUGAUCCAGACGAGAGCCGAUGUUCGCGUGGCUUACAUGGAUAGUUUUGCUGAUCUGGAACAGAGGAAGACAGUUUCUCAAGGAAGGGCUGCUGUCCUCAACCCUCCCGCUGUGGCCAGUUACCCACGCCCUCAGGUCACAUGGUUCAGAGAUGGCUACAAGAUCAUCCCUAACCAUCGAAUAGCAAUAACGUUGGACAAUCAGCUCGUGGUGUUGGGUACAACAGCUGCGGAUGCGGGCCGAUAUUACGUACAGGCUGUAAAUGAACGCAACGGAGAAAACAAAACCAGCCCUUCCAUUUACCUGAGUAUAGCAAUAAACAAGAAGAAUCGUGGUUCUCUUGACGUUAUUGCCCCUGCUGAAUUGGUUGCCCCGGUGAUAGUGAUUGCACCUAAGAACACAUCUGUGGUUGCCGGGGCGAGUGAGGCUACUCUCGAGUGCGUCGCUAAUGCGAGAUCUCUUGACAGGCUGCAGGUGUUCUGGAAGCGUAAUGGGGUGAGACUAACAACAGGAGUGGACUCGUUUGGUCGCAGACUGGCCAUCAGUAACCCCACCUCAGCAGACAUGGGUGUGUAUGUGUGUGAGGCGGCGCUCAGGAACAGCAGCCAGAAGAGCACAGAGGCCAAAGCAUAUCUCACCGUCCUCGAGUACCCAUACUUUACGUCAAAGCCAAAGAGGACAGUUAUAACUGAAGUUGAGAAAAUCGUGGAACUUCAGUGUCAAGCCAAAGGGGUUCCCAUGCCAAAGCUGAAGUGGUGUAAGGAUGCCAUCCCCCUCUCCACACUGAAUAACCCACGAUAUAAGCUCACCUCCUCCUCAAUGGUUCUGCAAGUACGGAGAAUUCAGCCGGACGAUGCUGGAAUAUUCCAGUGCUUUGCUGAAAACAUGGCAGGAGAAAUCCAGGCAUAUACCAACUUGGUUGUCACAAGUGUAUCCCCAUCUUUCACCACUCCCCCAUCUGACAUCACGGUGACUGACGGAACAUCCGCUAUCUUCAGCUGUGAAACAUCUGGUGCCCCCAAACCUGCAAUUAUUUGGAGGAAAGAUUAUCAGGUGUUAGCGAGUGGAUCGGUUCAAAUGCCUCGCUUCACUCUGCUGGAAUCCGGAGGCUUACAGAUUCUGCCCGUAAUGCCAAUCGAUGCAGGGAACUACACAUGUUCGGCUUCUAACUCUGAAGGAUUGGUGAAUGCCACUGCAGCCCUGACAGUCUUAAGUCGAACCUUCAUUUCAACAGCCCCUGAGGACCAGCGUGUCAUCAAGGGCACGACUGCUGUGUUGAACUGUGCUGCAACUCACGACCCCAGAGUCACUGUCAGUUAUUCGUGGAAGAGAGGAACCCGGCCACUGAGCUUGUCGAUUGGUGGGCGAGUGUUGAUGAAGAAUGGUUCGCUCCACAUCAGCCAGACAUGGUCUGGAGACAUUGGAGACUACACCUGUAGGGUCAUUUCACCUGCUGGAAAUGACUCCAAAACUGCCCGACUAGAAGUCAUAGAGCUUCCUCACUCCCCGCGUAACUUGCAAGUGGCUCUGAAUAAGACAGACAGCAGGACGGUCCUUCUGUCCUGGGUUCGACCAUUUGAUGGGAACAGCCCUCUUCUGCAUUACAUUAUUGAGCUCUCUGAGAACAAUUCUCCAUGGAAAGUUUACAUGGCUGAUGUAAGUCCUGCACUAACUAGUUUGUUAGUCAGUGGUUUGACACCAGCAAGGACGUACCAGUUUAGAGUGUGCGCUCUCAAUCAGGUGGGACGUGGACAGUACAGUGCAGAGACGAACAGACUGAUGCUGCGAGAGGAACCACCCAGUGCACCUCCAAAAAACAUUGUGGCUAGUGGCCGAACCAACCAGAGCAUUAUGGUCCAAUGGCAGCCGCCCCCAGAACCUCAGCUCAAUGGAGUACUCCGGGGCUAUGUGCUCAGGUAUAGAUUGGCUGGUCUUCCUGGUGAGUUUCAGCUGAAGAACAUCACCAGUGCAGAGAUUAAUUACUGUCUGAUUGGAGAGCUCAUCAUCUGGACGCAGUAUGAGAUCCAAGUGGCUGCCUACACUGGAGCGGGCUUGGGGGUGUACAGCCAGUCUGUCUCUGAGUACACACUGCAAGGGGUUCCUACAGCGCCCCCUCAAGACGUGGAUGCUGUUUCACUUAAUUCCACCACCAUCAAAUUCACCUGGACGCCUCCACCCCAACAGUUUAUCAACGGCAUCAAUCAGGGAUACAAGCUGUUGGUGUGGCCUGAACACUGUCCGGAAUCCAUUACCAUGGUAACCAUUGCCCCCGAGUUUCAUGGGUCACGUCACUAUGGCUACAUUAGCAAUUUAAAAAAGUUCACGUGGUAUGAGACAGCAGUGUUGUGUUUCACCACGCCUGGUGAUGGACCAGCUAGCACACCACAGCUCAUCCAGACGCAUGCUGACAAACCAGGCCCGGUGUCUCAACUGAGCUUCACUGAGAUUCUGGACACAUCUCUGAGGGUCAGCUGGCAAGAACCAGAAGACAAGAAUGGCAUUAUCACAGGUUACACUUUGUGGUGGGAGGAGGCCAGACGGAAUGAAAGCCGUGUAUCACAAACCCUCUCCAACUCCACAUUGUCUCAUAAAGUGACCGGUCUUACUUCACUCACCACAUACACACUACAAGUAGCAGCCGUAACACAGGCCGGCACUGGUGUCCCCACCUCAUCGACAAUCUCAACAGGACUGCCACCAGAGCUUCCUGGUGCGCCCUCCAAUCUGGUUAUCUCCAACAUUAGUCCACGAUCCGCCACCAUAUGGUUCCACCCCGGCAGUGACGGCAAGACCGCCAUCUCCAAAUGGAUCGUGGAAGGACAGGUGCGCGUGAGGACUGUGGGUGAUGAAGAGGAAUGGAAGGUGCUGUAUGAGAAAGACAGUCCACCGGCCUCCGACACUCUGGAGAUCCCCAACCUCAUCCCUUUUACCCAAUACAGAUUCAGGAUGAUGCAGGUGAACAUUGUGGGAUCAAGUCCCUUCAGUCAACCUUCUCGAGUGAUGCAGACCCUUCAGGCUUGUCCAGAUGUGGCCCCGACAGACCUCGCUGUGUUCUCUGCCACUGAAACCAGCCUGAGGAUUCGCUGGGAGCCGCUUCCAGAGGCAGCUUACAAUGGAAAUCCUGAAAGUGUGGGUUACCGGGUUCGUACACAGAGAGCGGACGGGCUUGGACAGACCCGGAUGGAGACGGUUUCUGAGCUGCUGUCAGGGGAGGUGACAAUAGAGGGCCUGGAGGAGUGGACGGAGUAUGAGCUGAGCAUUCAGGCGUUUAACGCUAUUGGGUCUGGGCCUUGGAGCAGUCCAGUCCUGGGCAAAACUAAAGACUCAGUUCCCUCUGGUGCUCCAGAGAAUGUGAGUGUUGAAGCAAUGAGCUCCACAAGUAUACUGGUCACCUGGGGGUCAGUCUCUGAGCACCAGAAGAAUGGACACAUCCUUGGAUACAAGGUAUUGCAUCGAGAGAACGAUUCUGAGCAGGCUCCCCAGGUCCAUCUGGUGAACGGGAACCAGACCCACUCUCAUCUUUUGCGAAACCUUAGCAAGUUCACCCUGCAUGAGGUCCAGGUGCUUGCUUUUACACGUGUUGGAGACGGACCACCCAGCCUUCCCCCCACAAUUGAGAGAACCAAGGAUGAUGUUCCUGGUCCACCUGUCAGAUUGGUGUUUCCAGAAGUGCGUUUGACGUCUGUGCGGGUUGUCUGGCAACCUCCCUCUGAGCCAAAUGGUAUUAUUAUGGGUUAUCAGAUUUCUUACCGUCUGGAUAGCAAUGACCCCAACAAGUUCACGACAGUGGAGGUGGGGUCCAAUGCACGACAGUUCACAGUGACAGGACUGAACCCAGAAUCGGCAUACGUGUUCAAAAUCACAGCCCGCACACAAAAGGGCUGGGGACCAGCGGAGGAGGCCAUCGUCAUAACAACAGAAAAGAGAGCCCGUCCACAGCCCCCUCGUAGAUUGAACGUGCCUCAGAAAGGGAUGGAGUCCCGUAAACUGCGACUUCUGUGGACAGUGGGGGGAGAUGACUCUUCCCCUGUGCGCUACUUCACUCUGCAGACAUUAGAGCUACCUGAUGGAGAGUGGAAGACCCACACAUCGUCUAUCGGUCAUAACAACACCUCCUGGGAGGUGGAUAGGCUGAAGCCAUACACCUCUUACAAAUUUAGAAUGAUGGCCACAAAUGAUGUGGGAGACAGCGCCUUCAGCAAGGAAACUGAGCCAUUUACCACUCUGCAGGAUGCACCAGAUGAACCCCCUGUCAUUUUGAAUGUCAAACCUUCAACCACAACAUCUGUGAUUGUCCAGUGGCAGCCUCCCCAGGAGGGGACUGUCAAUGGGAUUCUUGUGGGAUACCGUGUGUAUUAUCGUGAGAUUUCACGUGAGAACACACCAGCCGAACCAAAGACGACAACCAACCAAUCAACAAUGAGUAUUGAGUUUAGAGCUAAGAGCACUUUUAAAACAGUGAGCAGCCCUUCAUUAACAGAAUUUGAAUUAACGCAGCUCAGCAAGUACAGACGUUACGAGAUCGUCAUGACAGCGUUUAAUGUUGUUGGAGAGAGCCCUUUGAGUAAACCAGUGGAGGUGUUUGUGGGAGAAGCAGCUCCCUCGGUGGCUCCUCAGAACAUACAGGUGAAAUCUGUGUCUGCUACCGAACUGGACAUCGAAUGGCAGCCUCCUCCGUUAGAGACACAGAAUGGGAAUAUUCAGGGAUACAAGAUCCAUUAUUGGGAAAAGGACAAACAGAAUGAGACCGAGAUGGAACUGGUUUUGUUUGUUCCAGAAACAUCUGUACACCUGAAGAACCUGACAUCUUACACCACUUACCAUGUGCAACUGUCUGCAUUUAACACAGCAGGGGAUGGGCCGCUCAGUGCAGCCCGGAAAGGACGCACCCUGCAGGCUGCUCCUGGAGCACCCAGUCAUGUGGUAUUUUCAGAGGUAACAGGUACCUCACUGAAUGUGUCAUGGGGAGUUCCUCUGCAGCCUAACGGAGUGGUGGAGGGCUACCAAGUUGUCUAUGAGCCCACCGCACCAGUUCAUGGUGUCAGUAAAACCGUAACAGUGGAUAUCAAAGGGAACUGGCAGCGCUGGCUGAAGGUUCGAGACCUGAUGAGGGGCGUAGUCUACCGAUUCAAAGUUCAGGCCCGAACCAUCGGUUACGGACCCGAACUGGAAGCAAAUAUCACCGCAGGACCAGUGGAGGGCUCGCCUGGUUCGCCCUUGCAGACGUCAAUCACAAAGUCAGCAUCAGCUUUGACACUUCAUUGGUCUGAGGGUGCUGAAGGGGCGGGGCCUGUCACAGGAUAUGUAAUUGAAUCUCGUCCCUCAGAUGAAGGUUUAUGGGACACAUUUGUCAAGCAUCUCCCACCUGGAAGCUUCUCGUACACCAUUAGUCUGGACCGCCUACGCUCAGGUGUGGCCUAUGAAUUCCGUGUCAUCGCCGUCAAUAGCUUCGGCUAUGGGAAUCCCAGCCCACCUUCUACUGCCAUAUCUGCUCUGUCUGAAACGCCCUUCUAUGAAGAGUGGUGGUUCCUGAUCGUGAUGGCGCUGAUCAGCCUCAUACUCAUUCUGAUGGUUGUGUUUGGUCUGCUAUUGCUCGGACAGAACAAGAAGUACAAGAGCUGUGGCACAGGAAAGCAUAUCUCUACUGUGGAAGAGGCUGUAACCCUUGACAAUGGUGGCUUCACGGCACUAGAGCUGAACAGCAGACAUCUGAAUGUGAAAAGCUCUUACCUCAAGAAGAAUGGAACAAGAUCUCCUCCACGCCCCAGUCCAGGUGGGCUCCACUACUCUGAUGAAGACAUCUGCAACAACUACAAUGGGGCUGUUUUAACAGAGAGCACUACCCUCACAGAGAAACCCACAGAGCUCUCUGAGUCCGAGGCGAGCGACAGCGAUUACGAGGACGAGCAGCCCAAGCACUCGUUUGUCAAUCACUACAUGAGCGACCCCACCUAUUACAACUCAUGGAAGCGACAACCCAAAGGUGUGAAGCCUGGCGGAGGCUUCGAGGAAUGUGCUAUGACGGAUGCAGAGGGGGGUUAUUAUCAGACUGUUGUGACCCAGCACAGUGUAGGGGGCGUCUACACCCCAACAGGGCAACCCGCAUCAGGAACACGCACUCCAGUGACUGGCUUCUCUUCAUUUGUCUAAUGAGCCAACCAGAUCAAAAUGAUGGGAAGCUAACAACCAGGAAGUGGAAAUGGGACAAAUCGAACUUGGAUGUUGCGAUUGUUAUCAAAGGCGAAGAAUGUGUUUUCCCAGAGACUUAUAGCUCUCAGUUCCCCUAAAACGUGUAUUUAAGACCUCUCUUCAAAGAAGGGAGGGAAUUAAAGUAUCUUAUUGUUAAUGUGUUAAUAAAUUUUGGGCAGAUUUUCAAAGAUUAACCACAAACCCGAAGGAGCAGAGACUUUGCACUGUGAGACUUUAGCAAGAGGCGGUAUUAAUUUUAAAGACUCAAAGACCUACAGAGGAGGAUAAAGGAAAUUCCUUUGUUAUGAGUUCCCGUUCCAUAGCAACUCUCUGGGAUUAGUGGAAAUGUGUGGGCAAACAAACGCUUGAGUGGUUCAGUGAAUCACUUCCUCAGAAACUCUAAUUGAAGUUGAAACAUCACCGUAUAUCUGACUUGUACAGUGUGUGGUAGACUGGAACAACAAUGUGUUUUGUGUGUGUUUGUUCAUGUCGGGGGUGGGUGGCUUUAUUUUGGACAACAAGAAGCACUGAAAAUACUUAAUUUGCACACAUAUUGCUCUCUGAAACCAAAAGAGUGAUGUUGUAAUCGAAAAGGAAAGGAAAUGUGUGCUUACAACAGAUUGAUUUCUUAGGUUAGCAAUACUGUAUGAUAAAUAUUCUGUAUGUGUGUAUAUUUUUAGGAUCAAUUUUGUACAAACAAUGUUUUUACUGUAGAGUACAUUUGUGCCAAGUCGAAGUAGUUCCCUAGUGAUGUUCAUUUCAGCCAGUCACAAUCCACACUGUUUGUUUGACUAGCUUGCAGUGUAUGUACAAUUCAGUCACCCAGAGAACUAAAAAGAAAUGUUAGACAAAGUCUUAAUCCAAAUAGACACAGAUUUUUCAUCUCCUUUAAUGUCGAACAAAUAUUUAUUUCAAUAUAAAAGAAUAUCAGUGGUUCAUACACAGGGAAAAGAUGGUGAUGGUAAAGGUCUGCGUAAAUGUCUUGGGGUGGUGUAGCGUAGUGGUUAAAGAUCUAGGCUGGCAACCAAAAGUGCCCUUUACAAAGUCACUUAAACCGGGUUAUUCCAGAGGGGGAUUGUCUCUGAAAUAUUUUAACAUUACAAUGUCACAUCACAGGAACAAAUACAUUACAAAUAAUACUUAAACCGAAACAUAAUUGACGCAAGUAUGUGAACGCAAAUACUUCUAGCUACACAAACUCUAUUUUAAAUAUCGUUGAGCUCCAUAAUGUGUUAGAAUGCAAUUCAUAACUGAAUGCAAGUGUAUGUUGCUUUCUCAGCAUUGACACAAGGGGUGCUUUAAAGCAUUAAACCAAGCUUUAGCUGUAAACUAUCUUCUUCUAUGGUCAGUUUUCACUUUCAUGUCAAGAGUUUCAAGAGAAAUUUGCUAAAAUGUUAUUUAAAGUUUGUUAAACAUUUAGCAUGUUUAAAACUAGCCACCUAAAGAUUAGCAUAUCAGCUAAUGGCACAGACGUUUGUAAGUAACUAUCGCCCCCUUGAGUUUUGAGGUUUGUUACUGCCACAGUUACAUGAGAAUGCAUGUUAACUUGCAAUGUUGGCCAGGUAUUUGCAUUUUCAUACGUAUGUAGAGUAUGUGAUUGUGACAGAAUCACAUUAAUUAAAAUAGACAAGGACAGAUUUCUGGCUUAGUUGAAUAUUAACAAAAGGACAACGUUAGGUCCAAAGACAGGAAGGGCUAUGAAAAGUAUUAUCGAUUUGAAUGAGGGUAAAAUAUGCACUUCAAACAGAGUAUCACAAUAAUUUGUGACAUGCUUUGAGGAUUGCUCUUGAUACUGAAAUGUUAGUAAUGCUUCCUACAGCUGGUUUAUAAUAUCUACAAUGCAUUCAAUAUGUUUUCGAAGGCAUCAUAAUGCAUUGGACUUAAGCAUUCAAACUAAAUGAUUAAUAGUGUCUAGUAAUGGUAAAAAAAUCUGCAGUAUGUUCAUUAUGACUUAUGAACACAUAAAUCAUCUUGGCAUUUAGGAUUAACCAAUGUUCACUUUAUUAGGAACACCUGCACACCUACUUAUUAGUGCAAUUAUCUAAUCUGCCAAUCGAGUGGCAGCAUUUCAAUACAUAAAGAAUUGCAUAUAUGGGUCAGAAGCUUCAGUUAAUGUUCACAUCAACCAUCAGAAUGGGGAAAAAAUGUGAUCUCAGUGAUUUCGACCAUGGCAUGAUUCUUGAGUAUUUCUGUAACUGCUUAUCUCCAGAGAACAGUCUCUAGAAUUUGCACAGAAUGGUGCCAAAAACCAAAAAACAUUCAGUGAGCAGCAGUUCUGCAGACAGAAAUACCUUGUUGAAGAGAGAGGUCAACAGAUAAUGUUCAUACCGGUUCAAGUUUCAGAAAGGCAAUUGUAGUGAGCAAAAUAGAAGCUCAGAAUGCACAACAUGUCUAAACUUGAGGAUGGGCUACAAAGCAAAAGACCACAUCAGGCACUUUAUUAGGACCAUAGUGUAUAAAACAUUGAGUGUAUAAUAAAGUAAUACUCUGUCUUAUACUCUAUAAUACAGUAAUAAUCUCUCAUUGCCAUUUGCUGUGAUCACAAAAGAUCAGCACAUGUUUAGCACAUGUUAAACCCCUAACCCUAAGUAUUAAACUUAAGAGCACAUCAUUUUUCUUGCAUUGUUUGUGCAAGUGGAAUGAUACCUCAAUAUCUGUAGACGAUUAUACAGACAAAAAAAACAAACAACAACAACAAACCACCAUAGACUUACAUUGAAGGAGGGAUCAAGACAUAUUUGGAGACCAUCUUGGGGGUGGGCACUUUUAACAUGGAACACAAAGCAACCACUUAAAAACCACCCAGAACAGUCUAGCUUCUAUCCCAUAGCACCCUAGAAACCACUCAGAACAACAGCAACCACAUAGCAACAUCCAGGCAACAACCCAAAACACCACAGCUUUAUUGCAGCGAGUUUUACAUGGGCAAUCACCACUUAAAAUUAAAAAGAAAUAAAAUAAUCUAAUUAAUUUAACUUGGCAUCCCUGUAACUUUACAUCCCAGCUGUGUGUGAUCCAACUAUGCAUUUAAAAAUAGAAACAUCUAAUAAGCCACAUGCUCUAUGUAAACUGUUACAAAUGUAACUCAAUCUUAGUAAGCUUAACUGCAAAUUAUUUCUUCAAAUUACACGAGUAAUAUUGUUAUCAUAUUUUGCUGGAAUUUUUCCCUAAACAGAUUUUUUAACAUAUUGGUGACUAAAUUCCAAAAUGUGUCAAUUGGAUGUUUACAUGAUGCAGACUGCAGAAAUGUAAUCUCAUGUAAUCUUUUAAUGGGUUAAAUGAUGAGAUGUAUGAAUGUGAUUGCGCUACACAACAAAUUAUCAAACAAGUUGCAUCUGCAAACAAAUGAUGCUAGAUGCUUUUUGUCAGAACUAACGUCAUUUUAUUUGUCAUUACUUCCAACCAACUGGUCUCAAGGUGAUUUUUGGUGGAUGUAAGAAGUCAGAUUCCCAGAGCUUCACACAGAUGUCCUAGCAGAGUGACCACAUCUACUACCUUUAAAAACCAGAAACUGUCCAAACAGUGUAUCUGUUGUCUUAUUUAAACAAACAACUUGUUUUUGUGAAAUGGAUUGCUGAGAAAGUGUGCUUUUGCUAUUUUUAAAGUAAAUGCCACUUGGUUUGAUAUAUUGUUAAUGAAUGCAAUUAGUCAUACAUUUUUAAUUGUAGCUUAACUAUCCAAAUCCUUUUGGAGGCCACUGCAGGAACGCUGCAUCACUGUAACCCCCCUUGAUUUCGAGGCUUGAUUGUAAUGCAUUUGUUUUGAUUACUAUGAUUAAAUGGAUGAGACACAUUUUUACAGAAAAUCCACUAUU